AGGGGUGUCCAAAAUGCGUAGGGGGUUAGAAAAGCUCUGUUCCCCCAGGAAAUUUCUUGGGUAAUCUCUGCAGCUUGAUUUCCUGCACGUUUGGGGACACCUAUUGAAGUAUCCCAUCAAAAUGGACGAGUCUGUUGUGAGAAUGUUAUGUCCACGCUACGCUAAAUUUUUCGAGAUUUUAAUGUGUUCCCUCAAACCUUUAUCCGCUUGAUGCUAAAAUAUCGAAGCAGAGGUAUGAAAUAGAAACUAUUUAGUGUUUAGAACUAUAAUAUUUUUCAGUAGUAGGAUACUACAGGAUAGUUUGAAAGAUCGUUUCAAAUUUUACAGUUAUGCGAAUGUUUGUCAGCGGUACUUUUAAAGAACAAUAUAAACAGUUAGCAUCAUUAGAUUCAAAAUAUUUUUGCAAUUUGCAAAAAAUUUUGCUGCUUGUAGCACAAAGUAACAAUGUAUUUCUCCUCUGUGUUGAGGCGCGUUUUCGGGGGCCUGUGCAUUGAUCCCAAUGUGUAACCAUAGCAACAGUCAUCAACGACAAAACAUCAAUGGCUACAACACAAGUUUUACAUGGAAGACGAGAAGGACAAAUAAGAGGAAGAAUGGGGGACAAUCCAGUGUCUAUUAUACCAAGUGGAGUUGAUGCUCGUGAGGUGACGGUUCUUCAACCUAAUGAUUGGAAAAGGAUCCAAGAUGUAUUAUCAAAAACUAACUAUGAAGCCCAAAGGCAGGAAGCUAUUCAAAAAGAAAGAGAGGAAUUGCACAACAUCUCGGCAAAUAUGGUGAAGAACUGGGGAAAUACUAUUGAGGGACAAAGACUCCAAAAGCUAAAGGCAAGGAAAAUAAAGGAAGAUAAGGAAGAGGAGGAAAAAAAAUUGAUAGAUAUUGAAGAGGCAAAGCAUCAAGCACAAAAAAGAAAAGAUGCUAUUGAGAGAGCAAAAACCUUACAGUACCACAAAACAGAUAGAGUUAAAGGUUAUCAUAGUGCACUAUUAUUGACUGAGGUAUUAAGAGAACGAGAUGCUCAGGUUAAGAUGAAAAAUAAGCAGGCAGAAGCAACAAAGAACAGAGAUGAUCAUUUGAUCGAACUUCAAAGGAAACAAUAUGAGGAAGGUAUUCUUCAGGAUCAAGAAAAAGCACUCAAAAGAUAUAAUGCAAGACAGCAAAUUCGCGACUUCCAGCAACUGCAGAUUAAAGAAAAAGAUGAAGUAAAAGUUGAAGAAAAAGAACUUGAUUUUGCUAAGGGUGAGAACAUUAAGGAACAAGUGGCUAUGUACAAGGCUGCAAAGGCAACAAUCGAAGAGCAGCGACGAGAGCAAAAACGUUCUUUGAUGGAGAGUCACAAAAAAGCAAUGCGAGAUAGACAGAUAUUUUUGGAGAAAGAACGGCAAAAAGACGAGGACGAAAAUGAAGAAAUUCGUCAAUUUGCAAUCGCUAAGAAGAAAAUGUCAAAGAUGAGGAAAGAAAAGGAAGUUGAAUUGUUCGAAACAUUUCAAGAGCAUACAGAGAAAAUGCGUAGCAAACUUGCAGGAGAAAUGAAGCAAAAAGUUGAUGAUGAAGAUGAUCGUCUUGCCAAAGCUGUGGCUGAAAGAGAUGAUAAAAUAGCGAAGGAGGAGCAGGAUAAACGCGAGAAAGAGAUGCUCACCAGAAAAUCCAUUCAUGACCACAGAAUGAACACUAUAAAAGACAGAGAAAAGAAGAUUCAAGAAGAUCUUGAAAAUGAUUACCAUCUGUUGAAAAUUCGAGUGGAGUCUGAUAAAAAAAGUCAAAAAGAGGAGGACAUUAAACAGUCCAUGAAACGUGAUCAGGCUAAAAGGUUUCAGAAUAUCCACAAGGAUCAAAUUAAAGAAAAGGCGAAUCGUAAGAAUGAACAAGCAAAUGAGAAUCUAAAUUUUGAUCGCGAGAAUGCAAGGUUGAUGGCCGAAGAGGAAGCUCAGUUUCAAGAUUAUGCGAACAAAGUAUUGAGUGAACAAAAAAUCAAAGAUCCCCCUGGCAAUCAUUUCCCGUUAAUUAAAGCAGCAAAUGAAGGCCCAGGCGGGGGCCGUGGCCCCAGAUUUGAGGGAAGAAGUGGUUAUCGCCCAAGUUAUAUAGUCAGUGACAGUACAGGUGUACAACUGCCUAACUACUCCCAGGACACCGCUGCCCGCAGUAAAAUACAAGGACGCCCUGGACAAUCGUUCAAACGGCUUGGUUUUAACUGGUGAGAAUACCUAUAUAUAUUGAUGAACAUAAUGAAUUGAAUAUAUAUGUAAAUAAACUCUUUUGUUUUUAUCCGUGAACUCAGUCUUUGUAUUUAUUUUCCAUUAAUACCUGAUUGUUUUA